GGAUGCGGCGGAGCAGAUGGAGGCGGAGGAAGACGGAGGAGGUGAGGGAGUGACUGGAAGGCAGAGAACACGACCAACUGGUCAGGACAGGAGAUAAGAAGGAUGCGGAUUACGGUGGCUCUCCGCCGCUCUCCCGUCCCACGAUGGUUUCGGUGCUUUGAAACAAAGAUGUCCGGAGAACCGGACGGGCCUGCGGGUUACUGGUGAAGGAAAUGACCAGAUUUUACCGUCGCAGCGAGUUGACACAGCUGACACCGAGGAAGGCGGUUUGGUGUCUACUCUGGGCUUUUUAGACUUUCUCAUUUUAUUUUAAUCCCUGCCGUGUCAACAAAAAGGAGAAAUCGGCGAUCCCAUCCUUCUGACGACGUGUGGGCCAACGUCCAUUAUGGUGAUUUUAGCGUCUUCGCCACCUGCUUCUCCUCCUCCUCCCGAGCUGCUGCGGACCGAGAGAAGCGCCUGAAAGUCUCCACAUAGAAAACACGGUUUCAGCAUGAAGAAGGCGACGUUACGGGUCUUCAUAUGGGCGAGCUUAUGGCUGCUCGGGAGUGGACACGCCGCACCUAACGUCACGGGCCUGUCUCGAGCCAUCCACGUGACACUGCGGCAAGGCGCUUGCGACGAGCGGUCACAGCCAACUGCCACCGCCGCAGCUGCGGCUGCCGCCUCCAGCCAGGAACGCAGGUACCGUGCGCGUCGGCGAAGAGGAGCCGCGGAGGGCGGCGUAAGCUUUGUGGACAUGAUCGAUAACCUCCGUGGGAAGUCCGGCCAGGGUUACUACGUGGAGAUGUCCGUGGGCUCUCCACCACAGAAGUUAAACAUCCUGGUGGACACAGGAAGUAGUAACUUUGCUGUUGGUGCAGCGGCUCACCCGUUCCUGCGGAGAUACUACCAUCGCUCGCUUUCCACCUCAUACCACGACCUGGGCAGGAGUGUCUAUGUGCCCUACACUCAGGGACGAUGGGAAGGAGAGCUGGGCACCGACCUUGUCUCAGUGCCACAUGGCCCCAAUGCCACGCUACGUACCAACGUUGCUGCCAUCACCCAGUCAGACCGCUUUUUCAUCAAUGGGUCCAACUGGGAAGGAAUCCUGGGACUUGCCUAUGCUGAUAUAGCUCGGCCUGAUGACACUCUGGAACCGUUCUUUGACUCUUUAGUUCGUCAGACGUCCAUUCCCAAUCUCUUCUCUCUCCAACUCUGUGGUGCAGGCAUCACCCAGAACUAUUCUCUAGGCAGCUCCAUAGUUGGUGGCAGCAUGAUCAUUGGUGGCGUGGACUCGUCCCUCUACGUGGGGGAGCUCUGGUACACGCCCAUUCGUAGGCAGUGGUACUACGAGGUAAUCAUCGUUCGCAUCGAGGUGAAUGGACAGGAUCUCAACAUGGACUGUAAAGAGUACAACUAUGAUAAGAGCAUUGUGGACAGUGGGACCACCAACCUCCGGCUUCCUAGAAAAGUCUUCCAGGCUGCAGUCAGAGCGAUCGAAGCAGCCUCCUCGACUGAGCAGUUUCCAUCCGGGUUUUGGCUGGGGGAGCAGCUGGUAUGUUGGCAGGCUGGCACCACGCCCUGGCAUAUUUUCCCUGUCAUCUCCCUCUAUCUGAUGAGUGAAAACCGCAACCAGUCCUUCAGAAUCUCCAUCCUACCACAGCAGUACCUACGUCCAGUGGAGGAUGUGGCCUCCGCUCAGGAGGACUGCUAUAAGUUUGCUGUGUCUCAGUCCAGCACUGGCACCGUGAUGGGGGCUGUCGUCAUGGAGGGCUUCUACGUUGUCUUCGAUCGAGAGAAGAAACGCAUCGGCUUUGCUGUUAGCACAUGCCAUGUGCAUGAUGAGUUUCGCACAGCAUCAGUGGAGGGCCCGUUUCAAGGAGUGGAACUGGAAGACUGUGGCUACAACAUCCCUCAGACGGACGAGUCCACUCUGAUGACAAUCGCAUACAUCAUGGCGGGGAUCUGUGCCCUCUUCAUGCUGCCCCUGUGCCUCAUGGUGUGCCAGUGGCGCUUCGCUCGCUGCCUUCACCCACACAGGGACUUUGCAGAUGACAUAUCGCUACUGAAAUGACAAAGACGUUGCAGCCGGACACUUAGUGACAGAGGAGCAGUUAUAAAACACUGGUGCUGUUAGAAAAAGUUCUUCAGGAUAUGAAGAUUGAACACAGAAAGCCUUGCUGCCGUCAGGUUGUCUGCUAGGAAAACUAGAGCCAUUCUGAACUGGAAGGGAUACCAGAAAGAUGCCGUAAGCAGCAUCCUGUUUCAAUCACUAUUGUACCUAUGCAGCUCAGCAUGCUUAACAAAAGGCUUUUUUCUAUAAAUAGUGUAAAAACAAACCACUCGGCUCAGCUUUAGGCUCGGUCUGUUUUAGCUGACUACAGGUGAUUUGGGUUAUAAGGCUGUGUUUUGAACAUGAAUAUGUGGUUUUCUGUGUUUACUUGUAACUUCUGUUGGCUUUGAGUGAAUGAAGCAAGCGACGCAAGUCUGCUUGUAUGUUUGCACCGCUGCACAUAAAACAUAAACAGAAAAGAUUUAAAAAGAAGAUUUAACUACAAACAGGACAAGGAUUCUGCUUUACUGGAAUUAUAAAACUAUAUUGCACUGCUAAGAAAAUGGAGGAUAAAGGGAGUUUAUUUGAUAAAGCCUGUACAUUUAUGGUGUAAGAUGUUACCUUCUGGUCACUGAUGCCACGGUCCCAUACUGAUGGCUUACAUAUUCCUAUGUACAUGGUGUGUAUUCACAUCUUCUUUUUCCACAGAAAAACUGACAUGCCACAGCUCACACAACACGAUAAAAGCUGACUAUAGUGGAAGUUCUGUCACAAACAGUUGAACGCAUCUAUUAAAUGGGACCAUGAACAAGUGGAAAAGGAAACCAACCCAAAGGAUGUUGCUCACUAAAGAUCAGUGUGUGUGUGUGUGUGUGUGUGUGUGUGAGACUAAAGGAGAGUCUAAAAAAGCUGUAAAUAGAUUAACUUAGCACUGGAUAUUUUUACUCCCAGCCUGUGUCAGCAAUGGUGAACCAAUAAAGUACCCAUUGUAACUGUAA